AUGGAUAUUUCCAAGAAACGUGCAUGUUGCGCAUGCCAUCAUCGAAGACGUAAGUGUUCUCCAGAUUGCCCUUUCGCUCCUUAUUUUCCGGCAGAUGAACCAAAAAUGUUCGCCAAUGCUCAUCGCUUGUUCGGCAUUUCCGGAAUGUUGAAGACUCUAAAGAAGAUUAGUGAUGAUGAAGGAAAAGAUGCAGCAAUGAAGUCAAUGAUUUUUGAGUCGGAUGUUCGUGCAAAUUUCCCGGUUCAUGGAUGUCUCGGUGUUAUAAUCGUGUAUCAAAGUAUGAUCCAGAAGCACGCGGAAGAGUUGGAUCGAGUAAAAAAGGUACUAAGUUUGUUUCAACAACACAAUCUUGUACCUGAUUUUUCAGUGGAUCAUUCUUUGAUACCUUCUACUAGUUCUCAAAUUCCAAGUUUUCCCGUAUUUAACAAUGUUGGUGAAUAA